GAACGCAAUGAAGCUUGUCUGCCUGGACUCCGCAUAUCCUGCGCUACUACUACUACUCUCCUCCAUCUGGGGUGGGUCGUGGGUUUGAGCUGCCUGUUGCCUGCUUCGAAACUAUGAAAGUCCUCUGCCCUCGGCAAUCCUCACCACCGCUGCCUGGGUGUGCCGUGCUGUAGCUCCGCCUCGGGUAUCCAGGCCUCAGUUCCCCACUGGCGGUGUCGUCCCCUUCGGAUCUAGUCGAUCAAGUGGAGGUUUUUGGCUCACUCGUAGUACUCGGGUGGUCUCUUCGUCCCGGACUAGCUGGUUCAGGUGGAGGAAGGUAACAUGGUUGAUCACAUCAAUAAGAGCUGCCGAAAUGACCAAGUCCAUCUAGAUGAUCAUGAUAGCAAUGACGUCAAGGGACCCGCCAUGAAACCUUCGUCUGCAUUGCUGGGGCCAGCGUACAUACAUUUCAAGACAAAGGCCAUGUUCCCGGUGAUUUUGGUGGUAGCUGCGCAGGCAUUCUUCAGUCUCUACGACAAGGUACAUGCUCAAGCAAUGCGCUACUUCAUCGAAACCAUGAGUAUACCAUCCACCAUGGAUACUUAUACCAUCUUUCUGAGCUUGGUGGCUGCGACAUUGACAUUGGUCGCCUGCUACUUCGUUUUUGUCCCUGGUCCGACUCUUCUAUUGGAUUUCGCUUGCUUGAAACCUGACGACUCUACUAAGGUUUCCAAAAAGAUGUACAUGGAAAAGGCGAGAAAGACUGGGUUCUUUACUGAAAAAAGCUUAGAUUUCAUGGAAAAAGUCUUGUAUCUGUCCGGCCUUGGGGACGAGACAUACGCUCCUCCUUCCACACUUAGUGAGCCAGUAGACCGGUCCUUCAAUGCAUGCCACAUGGAGGCUCAGGCUACCAUCUUCGGUGUCACCGACGAGUUAUUUGCCAAAGGGACAGUAAAGCCCCAGGAAGUGGACAUCUUGAUAGUGAACUGCAGCAUGUACAGCCCCGUUCCCUCCCUGGCAGCCAUUGUAAUCAAUCAUUACAAAAUGAGGAAGGACAUCCAGGUUUUCAACUUGGGUGGAAUGGGGUGCAGCGCUGGAUUGAUUGCUAUUGACUUGGCCGACAAGAUGUUGAAGCUCAAACGAAACGCUUACGCCCUUGUGGUGUCAACGGAGGUCCUCAGUGCCAUGCUAGGUUACGCCGGCAACAGCCGCUUCAUGAUGGUAGGCAAUACUCUUUUCCGGAAUGGAGCUGCCGCGGUGCUCCUCUCCAAUCGCAGAGCGGACAGAUGGAGAGCCAAGUACGAGCUGCAACAUCUGGUGCGCACCCACUACGGAGCAGACGAUGCGAGCUUCAAGUGUGUGCACUCAACCCAGGACGACCAGGGACACAUCGGGAUAUCCCUCUCCAAGGACCUCAUGAAGGUGGCUGGUCAUGUUCUGAAGGAUAACAUCACCACUCUGGCACCCAAAAUUCUGCCCUGGAGUGAGAAGAUCAAGUUCGCAAUCAACUUCGUUCAUAUCAAGCUGAAUUCAAGUCAAAAGCCGCCCAUCAAGCCCUACGUGCCUAACUUGAAGAAGGCGGUGUCUCACUUCGCUUUUCAUCCCGGAGGCAGGGCGUUGCUGGACAGUGUUGCCGAGAAUCUUGGUCUGAACGAUUGGCACAUGGAACCUUCUCGCAUGACUCUGCACCGCUUCGGCAACACCUCCAGCAGCAGCGUGUGGUAUGUCCUGGCGUACUUGGAGGCCAAAAACCGUGUUAAACACGGCGACCGGGUGUGGCAGAUCGCCCUAGGAUCAGGAUUCAAGUGCAACAGCGCCAUUUGGAGGUCUCUCAGACCCUCGCAGGAAGGUCCUUCAACCAACUGCUGGUCUGAGUUUAUUGACAAGUAUCCCAUGGAAAUUGUUACCACUCUUCCGACGCAUCUAACAAAAGUCGAAUCUGCCAAUUAAUUUACACCAUUUUGGCGUAGCCGCCUAAUUCAACCUUUGGUCUCGCAAUUUUUCCUUGUAUUGAUUGGUGCUUCAAUGCAUCAUUUUCACUCUGGAACGAGGCUCAUGAUUGGGUUGAAUAAUUUAUACUGGCCGUCACCUACAAAAAAAAAGAAGCAAACGAGCACACUAGAGGAAACGAAAUAGAGUUUUGGCUGGAUCCCAAAAAAGAAGAAAAAAAACACUUGAUUAUUGAACUUAAGUGUAUGACUGUCACUUCCGGAUUCAUUACGUAUCAGGACUAGGAGUAAUACACAUUCUUCUUAUGUUGGCAUCAUUGUUGAAAUCAUUUAAGUAACUUGGGAUAAGGUUCUCAUGGAA